AUGCUUCCCCCAGAUCAUGCCAAUCAAGGGCCAAGCCCGGACUCAUCGGGAAAUGAGCCAAGCCGCUCAGGCUCUGUCAAGAGAGCGCGCCAGUUACUGGAAGCUGGAGUACGACCAACAAGAACAACAUCCCAGGUCCCAGCACCACCGCCUCCUCCACCAGUCAGACAGGCCGCUCACCAGACGCAGUGGCCGCUGCCAGCAUCAGGACUGCAGCCUCGGCCUCUCAACCCCCAUAAUCCACGUUUCAUGGCACCCCGAGGGCCCCCACCACUUCGGCCCCCACGCCCUAGUGAUGUGCCCUCGCAGAUCCCUUCGCCAUCGAUCUACUCUGUACGAAGUGGCGAGAGCCCCGCGCCCAGUGUGAACCUUCACCCGAAUCCGUAUCCUUACCCAACACGGCAGGCAAGGUCAUUUUCGCAUCCAAAUCCGCAUCAGCAGCCGCACCCGCCUCGCCCGUUGACCAGCGAUGGCUCCGCUAGUCCAACGAGCACCGUGGACUUGACUCCUCGUAUCUCGAUUACAACUGAUGAUCUCUUCAGGCAUUCAACCUACUCUGCUACUUCGUCGACUGCUGGUAUGGCUACGAUCCCGUCUCAAGAGCCACCUUUGCCAAUAGCUCAACCGCGACGCCCGCCGGCUGGGUUGAGUGCUGUCCCCCCAGGUGCACGACGCAGCCAGGCUCGUAGAUCUUCUGUGUCGCCGAUUCCAGAGGAGAUGCCCCACCCCCGCUAUACACUGGGAUCCUUCGCCUCUAGUCGAGCAAUCCCGUACAGCUGGGGGUCUGGACCUCCUGAAUCAGACAUUCUGGAAGCAUACCUGAGCGACGGGUCAAGCGAAGAAGAGGAUGCCCAUACCAACAGCCAUGAAAUAGCGAGCCCCGUGCGCAGUGCUAGCGUUGGCAAGAGGCAGAAGCCCACAAUGCGUACAAUCAUGAAGUCGAGCCCGGGCUCCGAAGUGUCGAUUCCUGAUAUGCCCGAACUCACACCCGCUUGCACCAAGGAAGAUUCCAGCAAAAAUACUGUAGGAACACCAGUCGCGGCAGGCACACUUCGAGUCGUAAACGUUGGCCGCACAGAAAUCCGCACCCCUAGCCCGGUGCGCCGUGGGUCAAUCUCUUCGCUGUCUGGAGAGUCUUGCGUGGAUCCUGAGAAGCCGCGCUUCGCUAAGCAGGAUGAUAAUACGUACCGUGGCGCUUUGGAAAAAGAGCUCGAGGGCCUGCCUUUGGCUGCGCCAACGAUGAGUGACAAGAGGCCGAAUGGAAGAAAGCCCCCGCGGCUGGACAUGAAUGCUGUGCGGGAUGCGGAGGCCCGUGGAAGUCUCUCGAGUUUGUCGGAUCUGAUUCGACGCGCUACUCGAUUGGCCUCGAACCUGGACCGGGGAAAGACUGCCAGCCGGGCUGAUCUUGCGGGUGCAGGUGCAGACUUUAGAGAACUAGGACACCGGGGUCGCAACUCUGGAUCCCUAUCUGAUAUUCUGGCGUCAUUUCCUAAUCCGACCCCGGACGGACACAGCUCCUGGCCGGUGUUCUUCGGCCGGUCUAAUCUACGUAAUGUCGAGCCUCUCGCCUCUCACGACGACACGCCCGAAGCGUCGAAACCCAAGCGUCGAUGCUGCGGAAUGCCUCGAAAGUGGUUCAUCAUUCUCUGUAUCGUCAUUUUCAUCAUCGUCGUUCUCGCCAUUCUGCUCCCAGUCUUCCUGGUCGCUGUGCCCAAUGAGAACGCAACUGACCAAUCUUGCGCGCAAUCGACACCCUGUCACAACGGCGGCGUCAGCGUAUCAAGUGGUACGGAAUGUUCCUGCGUGUGCGCGGAGGGAUAUAUGGGUAUCCAGUGCAGUAUCGCCGGCGAUAGCACCUGUGUGGCAGCGGAAGUGAACAACGGUAGCGUCAACAAAAAUGCGACGAUGGGCAGCUCCAUCCCCACUCUACUGGAUCAAUCGGACUCGAAAUUCGGCAUCGAACUCGACGGGGUGACCAUCAUGGCUCUCUUUAGCAUUAACAAUGUUACCUGCCAGACCGAGAACGAGCUGGUUGCCUUUAGCAAGGUGGAGCGCAGCAACAGCAGCAGCAGCAGCAGUGAUAACGCCCGUCGCGCAGUUACCCUCCCAGUCGAAAUUGACACCGAAGAGAAGACCUACAAAACCCCUUCAAAAUUGGCUGGAUUAAGUGGUGUUUCCCACGUGGUGCAUGCGCGCGCCAUGGCCACUUCCAACGGUAUUCUUUAUGAUAGUGGAGCCGAUUCCUCCAAUACUCAAUCGUCCAGUGACGAGGACUCCACCGCGACCACCACCAGUUCGCCCACGGCAACCACCACCGGAACCGGAGCCACAACUACGGCAUCCGCCACAGCCACCAGUGUUCCCUCAGGGGUCGUGGAGUUCUCGCAGGUGGCAGUGCUCUACAUCCUGGAAAAGACUGGGUCGUUUGACUUGGCACAACAAUCUGAAUCGGAGAUCCAGACGUACUUGGUCGAUGAGUACAACUCAGCCGCACACCCGUCCGUGGAGGUAUUAGGAUGGUAUGGAUUAGACUUUGCCAACAAAACAAUCAGCACGGGGUGA